AUGGCAUCUUGCGGUGGUCUGUCACAUUUAUUCCUCCCUUGUUCUUUGAAAACUCGUCCAGGAUUAGCAAAAAUCGGAAAGAGGGAACCUGCAGUUGGCGUUGUUUCUGCCUAUGGCGCUGGAAAACAGAAAUGGAACAUCAACACUGCAUCUGAAGCCUCCAGGCUCCAUCCGGAUAAAUUGGAGAUUGAGUACGAGCAAAAGAUAGAAGAGAUCAGGCAUGUAUUACAAACAAAGGGAGAAGAUGAAUCGUCAGAGAGUUUGGUCUUGGUAGAUGCCAUCCAGAGGGUAGGACUCAGCUCUUAUUACGAGGAGGAGAUCCAAACACUUCUUCGGAAACUUUAUGUGACGAGCUGCGCCUCCAUAUACAAAUACUACAGUCUCCGUGAUGUUUCACUGCUUUUUCGUCUAUUAAGACAACAUGGAUACUACAUCUCUCCAGAUGUAUUCAACAAUUUCAAGGGUAAGGAAGGGAGAUUCAGAAGAAACCUGAGCCAAGACAUCAGAGGAUUGAUGGAGUUGUAUGAAGUGGCACAACUGAAUUUCCAGGGAGAAUGUAUUCUUGAUGAAGCAGCAAGUUUUAGCAGCCAACUUCUGCAUGAAUAUUGCUUGGCAAAUGUUGACGACAACUUGUCCAGAAUGGUUAUUCGUAGGUUGAGGUACCCUUAUCACAAGACCAUACCAAGAUUAACAAGGAAAGACUUUCUUCAAGAUUUUGAUGGCAUCAACGGAUGGGGAAAGACUUUAAAUGAGCUGGCCCUUAUGGAUUUGCGCAAGGGGCAAUCUGUAUACCAAGGGGAAUUAGCCCAAGUUUCUGAUUGGUGGAAUGAACUAGGCUUGGCGCAGAAACUAAAGCUCGUGAGGAAUCAACCACCAAAAUGGUAUACCUGGUCGAUGUCAAUCCUGAUAGAUGAUUUCAGCUUGUCGCUACAAAGGAUGUCGCUCACUAAAUCAGUUACUUUUAUUUACUUGAUAGAUGACAUCUUUGAUGUUGUUGGGAAACUGGAUGAGCUGACCAUUUUCACUGAAGCAAUAAACAAAUGGGACUAUGCUGCUGUUGACAUGUUGCCAGACUACAUGAAGAUGUGUUACCGGGCUCUUCUUGAUACCACAAACGACAUAAGCCACGAGAUUUACAAAAGGCAUGGACACAACCCCAUUAACUCUCUAAAAACAUCGUGGGCAAGUUUGUGCAAUGCAUACCUACUAGAAGCAAAAUGGUUUGCCUCUGGGGUUUCACCAACAGCCGACAUGCAUUUGGAAAAUGGGAAGGUGAGUACCGGAGUAUAUGUGGUGCUAGUCCUCUUAUUCUUCCUCUUAGGUCUUGGCCGAACCAAUGGUGGCACAAUCAAUUUGCCUGAUAUAUCCCAACUCCUAUCCUGUGUUGCUACAAUUUUUCGUCUUUGGAAUGAUCUUGGAGGUGCCAAUGAUGGGAAUGAAUAUGGCACUGAUGGGUCAUACAUAGAUUUGUACAUGAAAGACCAUCCAGGAGUAUCAGUGGCACAAGCACGAGAGCGAGCUGUUGAUAUAAUAGCAAGCCAAUGGAAAAGCCUUAAUAAAGAGUCUUUCUGUCUGAAUGACUUUUCAGCAUCAUCUUUCAAAAGGGCUUCUUUGAAUCUUGCAAGGAUAGUUCCUCUGAUGUACGAUUAUGAUGACGAACAACAGCUGCCAGUCCUUGACGAGUAUGUCAAGUUUACCUUGUUCAAUCAGACAACUUAAGAUUACCCCAAGAUAAAUCAAGUACUAAAAAUGGUCUGAUAUUCUUUCUGUGAAAGAAUUCUGUUCUGUUUUAACUAGCAGUGAAACACUCAUCCAAGUCGCAACUCCUCGGUUGAUAAGGAGGGAAAGCGAUAAAACAAUCAACAAUAAACUCCAGUGAUUCGAUAUUGGUUCUUGUGUCUUUGGCAACUAUCUCAGUUUCGCAGCAAUCCCAGGUAGAAACUAGCAAAUUUUACAGAGAAAGAUAAAACUGGCAAGCUUUGCAUAUAAUUCCUGAUAUUUGGACCAUUAAUUUCCACAUCUUUUCGCAACGUCCAAACUUCUAAUUCCUACACAAAUCAUCAAGAAGAGCACGGAACGAAAUCAAAACUGGCAUAAUCCCUGGCCCUUCCAUGCCCUCAACCAUAUCAGCCCCUCGCUCCAACUCCCCCAUUUCACAGAACUUUGAUCACAAUAUUAUGAGAAUGAACAUCAGGCUUCACCUUCCGCUUUAUCUGCAUUUUCCUGAAGAUCCAAUCACUUUCUUCAGGAAUAUUUUGAAUGCCCUGCCGACAGCAGGGCAUUCAAAAUAUUUCACAGUUCUCUCAGAAAUUCCUCUCCGGCAAAUUGUCGAACACUCGCUUGGCAUUGUCAAACAUGCCCGAGCAGCCAUACAGUUUGAUGAGCUCGAUGGUGUUCAAGGAUUUCUGGGAUCUCGCUCUCCCGGAAGAGUUCCUCGGAAACGGAGAUGAAGACGGGACAAAAUAAUAUUUAUACCCGAGUUUAUUCAAUCCCUUCAAGUUCAGUGAUUAGUAGUGAAUUUGAAUAUGUUUCCCCAUUUGGAAAUGUAAAUGGGCUGUUAGCUUGUGUUAAUUUUUUUUAUUCCGAA